CGCGUUGAAUGUGAAAUCACCGAAUAACGGAUUGUGAUCUCAAGGAUUCAAAGAGCCACGAUUCGAGAUUCACAUUCGCGCACACAUCCACCAUCUGCCCUCAAGCAGGGCACUGGAUAGCACACCACACCACACCACACCACACCACACCACACCACAUCACACCACAUCACACCACACCAGCCACUCUCCGGGCUCGGCUUUGCGAUGACGACAUCUUCCUCCUCCUCCUCCCUCGAGCUGGGUGCACCCACUGCUGCUGAUCGCAGAUUCAGUAUUCGCGUACCUUGCACCUCAUCCAACAUAGGUCCAGGAUUCGACGUGGUGGGCCUAUCCCUCUCGCUCUACCUCACGCUUCAAGUACGCAUCUCCAACCAUUCCACCUCCACCUCCUCCUCCACCUCCUCCACCUCUAACCAGCAUCCAAUCCUACACUAUACGGGCAUUGGAUCUGACGAUGCGCCUCUGGAUCCCUACAAGAACCUCAUCACCCGUUGCGCGCUCUACGUUCUGCGAGCGAAUGGUAAAGGUCCGCUAUUCCAACCCGGCAUCUCCAUCCACGUGCACAACGAGAUCCCAUUCGGACGAGGAUUGGGCAGUUCGGGUGCGGCCGUCGUAGCUGGCAUCAUCCUGGGCGACGCGUUGGGCGGAUUGAGAUUGAGCAGGGAUAGAUUGUUGGAUCAUGCGCUCAUGAUCGAACGUCAUCCGGACAAUGUGACCGCAGCAUUGAUGGGCGGAUUUGUAGGCUCUUACCUCUUGGACCUCUCAAAGGAAGAGAGGGCAAAAGUGGAUGUGCCUCUCAGCGAGGUCUUGCCCGCCUGGCCCGACGAUGCUAGCGCUCAUUGGGGUCCCAAUCCCAACGGUCCUCCCACCGGCAUAGGUCAUUACAUUCGAUUUGGAUGGGCUCAGGAGAUCAAAGUCAUCGCCAUCAUUCCCGACUUCGAAGUGUCGACUGCAUUAGCAAGGAGCGCUCUGCCCGACACUUACUCCAAGGCGGAUCUAAUUUUCAAUCUACAAAGACUUGCCGUCCUCACCACCGCACUAGCACGUUCUCCUCCCGAUGCCUACCUCAUCUUUCAAGCGAUGCAAGAUCGCGUUCAUCAACCUUAUCGUAAAGAGCUGAUCCCAGGUCUUCCGCGCAUCCUCUCCUCUGUCACACCAAGCACCCACCCAGGUCUACUAGGCAUAUGCCUCUCCGGAGCAGGUCCCACAAUCCUAGCUCUAGCCACGCACAAUCUGGAGAGCAUCUGCGAAACGAUUGGCAAGGAAUUUGAAAAGGAAGGAAUUAGCGCGAGAAAGGAGGUGCUUUGCGUUACGAGCGAGGGGGCUGUUGUUCAGGAAGAACAUUAGCGGGGGGAGGGGGACGUUGGUGGCAGCAGCAGCUAGGGUUGCGCACUUGCCAGUUGGAGCUGGCAAGCUGUGGAGCUGUGAGAUGGGGAUUUUGAACUUGAAACGGUU